AUGGAAGCUGAGAAGAGAUUCCGAUGUGGUAAAACUAUUGAUGCAUCAGUUCAGAAGCAAAUUCUGCUGGAAAAGCAACAUUGGCGUGAAAUUCUAGAAAGGCUCCUAGCCACAGUUCAGUUUUUAGCAUCUUACAACCGACCAUUUAGAGGUCACAGAGACACUUUAGAAGUAGAGAAAAGUGGCAAUGUCAUAGACCGGAUAAAGCAUUCUGCAAUGUUUGAGCCUGUUCUCCGUGAACACUUACAGCGAAUAGAAGACAAACGUAUUCACAACCACUACUUGGGAAAAAACAUACAAAAUGAAUUAAUUGCCUUGGUGGCCAAGCACGUCAAGCAGACAAUUAUUCAAAAGAUUCUUCAAGCAAAAUAUUACUCAAUCAUUCUUGAUUGUACGACCGAUAUCAGUCACAUUGAACUGAUGACAGUGAUAUUGCGCCAUGUUGAUGAAGUGUCCGGCAAUAUUGAAGAGCAUUUCAUUGGAUUUAUAACAGUUGAAAAAACUACAGCUGAAGAAUUAACAAAAACCAUACUGUUUGAAAUUGAUGAGUUAGGUUUGGACAUCAAAAACUGCAGAGGGCAAGGAUAUGAUAACGGCGCUAACAUGCAGGGAGAGAAAAGUGGUGUGAAAACCAGAAUAUUAAAUAUCAAUCUUUAGCCUUCUUUACACCCUGUGGUUGUCACAGUUGGAAUUUGGUGCUUGGUGAUGCAGCAGCAUCUUGUUCAAAAGCAAAAUGAUUUUUUGGUGUUUUGCAAAGGUUGUACACACUAUUUUCCGGGUCAUCCAAUAGAUGGUCUGUUUUAAAGGAGAAGGUAAAUAUCACCCUCAAGCCAUUGUCUGAAACUAGAUGGGAAUGCAGAGCUGAGAGUGUAAAGGCUGUCCGGUACCAGCUACAAGAAAUUGCUGAAUGCCUGGAAGAAGUGACACAGAAAAGUAAUGAUCCUAAUUCACUACAAGGAGAAAUGUUGUCAUCCGAGUUUGUUUUAUCAUUAGUUGUGUGGUAUGAGAUUUUGGUGAAAAUAAACCUGGUCAGCAAGGUAUCGAAAAAGUCUAAUAUGCAGUUGGAUACUGCAUUAAAACAUUUGGAGGAAUUCAUGUGCUGUUUGGAAGACUACAGACAAAAUGGCUACAAUUCUGCCAUAGUUGCUGCCAACGAAAUUGCACAAGAAAUGAACCUUGUAAGAGAAUUUCGACAGUGCAGGAUACGCAGGACCAAAAGAAUGUUCGACUAUGAGGACCCAGAUGAAGUGUUGGUUAACCCUGCAGACAGGUUCUGA